GCAGCACUUGACACUGGCAGAGGUUCUCUCUCCAAUGAGGAAGCCUCUUGCACUGUAUGUGAUUUCUGUUUCCUUUGUGGGCUCGCACCUCUUGCAAUCAGAUGGGUGAGCUGUGAGGAGCCCGGCGCGGCUGACACCUCGUCCUGCCCUGGAAGCAUAAACAAAUAUGGCCCUGCCGCGAUGGAUCUUUCUCCUGCUCCUCACACCUCUGCUGGCAGCAAAGGAGGAGGAAGAGCAGAACCCCAACAUCUCUGGAGAAGCUGAGGAAACAGAGAAAUGCCAGCAGCCCCAGUGGGAUUCAAAGCUGCACUUUACCCCACACAAGAGGUUUUACAGGAUCAGUGAAGAGGUGACACUGAGCUGCUCUAUGGAGGAUCCUAUUGCCCUUGCCGUGAUCAGAUGUGCAAAAGGAGCAUCUCCAGAUUCUAAGUAUGACUGGGAGAUGGACAGUCAGGGAACAUGGCAUGGGGUGGCAGAGAACCUGACCUGCACCACAGAUCCACUAGAAACGUGCCAAAGGCCCCAGUGGGACACAAGACUCCAGCUGAAACCAGACCAAGAUAGUUACCAGAAGUAUGAAGAAGUGAUGCUAAGCUGUCUUAAGGGUUUCCAGCCACCCUUCACCCAUGUCAAAUGUAUAGGAAAGAACAUGUCCAACAGCAAUGGGAAACCUGAACACAGAGAGGUUUGGCUUGGAAAGGACAGCAGAGGCCAGUGGAACCACACUCAGGACAGAGUGGAGUGCAUUGAGGUGCUCCACAUUGACCCCAGGACCCUGGAGGUUUCCAGCACCAGCAUCAAAGUGAACUGGUCCUGCCGGAUCCCUGAGGCGUGCUCGCACAUGCGGGCCACGUGCCGGCUGGCAUGGCCUUCCUCCCCUCCCUGUGAGGCUGAGGAGGUGCUGGGAGAGGAGAUGCUCCAUGGGCAGGAGGGGACAUUCUCCUGCCUUGCUCUGCAGCCCUUCACUGAAUACAGUGUCACCAUCUCCCUGCUGCCCGGUACCAUCCUGUUCACGUGGCUGGUCAGGACCACGGAAACAGUGCCGGACAAACCAGAGAAGCUGUGGCUGGAUCCCAGCACGGGGUCGCUCAGCUGGGAGCCGCUGCCCUCCUGCAAAGGGGAGAUCAUUGGAUACCAGCUGAACAUCACGGCCAGGAGCGCGCAGGACCGCGCUUUGCUGGAGCUGGAGCGGCUGCGGCUGAGCAGCUCCGUCACCGCGCACCCGCUGCCCGCGCACGGCCCCGGCACCAGCUACGUGGUGACCGUGCGGGGCCUCACGGCCGCCGGCGCCGGGGCUGCUGCGCUCCGGGAGUUCCCGACCAACCGCUCGGACGCCCCGCAGCCCCUGCCCGUGAGCUGCCGCGGCGCCCGUGACAUCUCCCCGUCGCAAGGGACGGCCCUGCUGCCCCUGCGCCCCAUCGCCCGGCACCACGAGCCGCCGACGGAGCACCAGCUGCUCGUGGCCGCCGUGCACAACAGCACGACGGUGGAAGGCGUCUGCUCCGCUCAGCCGCAGCCCUUCAACGCCAGCCGGCAGCCCGGGGCCUACGUGGCCGCCGUGCUCAACCUCAGCACCCCGAUGGACUUUGUGCUGGGCGACGGCACCCGCGGGCAGGGCUACCACAACGCUGCCCUCCGCCCGGGCUGCAGCUACACGGCCCUGCUCCGCCUCGUGCGCCGCUCGCAGCAGGCAGAGAAGUUCACCUGCAUCUGCUACAGCUUCUCUGUUGGACAGGAGCCGGUGCCUCUGCUGAGCAGCAUGUCCGUAGCUACAGCAGUAGCACUGGUUGUCACACUCCUGGCACUGGGGAUUUUGCUGCUGUUUGUGAUCUUCAGGAGGAAGUUCCGCAGCUCAAAAACCUCAGACAACAGAGGCACUAUCCCCCUGAGAAGAUAUCGAGGAGGUGUGAGCAAGAUGAACACGCAGAUCCCGGUGGAGGCACUGCUGGAGGCUCUGAAGAGGUUUAAGAGGGCAGAAAUAGAGGCAGAGCAGACAGAGGAUGAAUCAGUUGACACUCAUGGUGCGGGGCGUCUGGGGGAGUACCAGCAACUCUCCUCCAGUUUGUUGCAUCCCUGCGAUGCCGGGAAGGAGCUGUGUAAUCAGAGCAAGAACCGCUACAAGAGCAUCAUCCCAUAUGAUCACUGCCGUGUGGUGCUGCAGCCCUCUGACACAGGGAAUGGCUACAUCAAUGCCAGCUACGUGGAUAGCUACCGGAGUCCACGUUUCUUCAUUGCAGCUCAAGGCCCCUUGCCUGGGACAGUGCUGGAUUUCUGGCAGAUGGUGUGGCAGGAGAAGACUUCAGUCAUUGUGAUGCUGACAGGCUUAGUGGAGCAGAACAAGACCAAGUGCGAGCAGUAUUGGCCUGAGCACGAGCAGGUCUAUGGAGAUCUCACUGUGACACUCAACAACACCAGGACCACCACGGGCCUUGUCACACGCAUCUUCUCCCUGCAGAAGGCAGGCUGUGCUUUCCCAAGGGUGGUGGAGCAGUUUCACUACCUGCUGUGGCCAGACCAUGGAGUCCCCAGAAACUCUGCCCAGCUCCUGUGCUUAGUGGAUGUAGUGAAUAAGAGGGCAUUGGAAGCGCCGGCUGGCCCCAUAGUGGUGCACUGCAGUGCAGGGAUUGGACGCACUGGUACCUUCAUCGCCUUGGACUUCCUCCUGAAGAUGGGGAAGGCUGAGGGGAAGGUAGAUGUGUUCCACUGCGUGCAGAGGCUGCGGGAGCAGCGCAUCAGCAUGGUGCAGACCAAGGAGCAGUACACCUUCCUGUACGAGGUGGUACUCGAAGGCUUGCUCUGCGGCAGCACUGGGGUCCCAGUGGAGAGCAUCGCCAGCCACGUCCACUGCCUUCAAGAAGCUGAAGCCUCAAGGCACAACAAUGCCCUUGAGAAGGAGUUCAAGGCCGUUCAGAAGUUUUCUGAGUUGUUCCAGCUCCUACCAUGCAGAGAAGCAGAGAAGCCCAACAACCAGCCCAAGAACCGCAAGCCAGGGAUCCUGCCAGCGGAUUCCUGCCGGCCCAUCCUGAUGUCCUCGCUGAACGCAGACGGCUCACCAGCUUACAUCAACGCUGUGUUUGUCAACACAUACACUGAAGAGGACAGACUCAUCAUCACCCAGAUGCCCUUCCCCACCACAGUGGUGGAUUUCUGGGCUCUGGUCUGGGAUUACACCUGCACAGCGGUGGUUGUCCUGAACCAGCUGCAGGAGCUGGAUGAGACAUACACAGAGUUCUGGCCCAUGCAGGGCGAAGCUGCCUAUGGCCAUUUCCAUGUCCACCUCAUCUCGGAGGAGCCUGGAACUGGCUUCACAGCCUGGACACUUGCCCUCACCAACAAGCAACAGCCCAAGAAGCCUCCCCUGGAAGUGUGGUUCUGGCAACUGAAAGACUGGUCCAUGAAGCAGCAUCUUCCCCCACACCCUGCCACCAUCAUCAGCCUGCUAGGGAAUGUAGAGACACACCACCGGCAGAGCCAGGAUGGACAUAUCCUCAUCACCUGUUGGGAUGGUGCCAGCCGGAGCGGGAUCUUCUGUGCUGCUGGUUUCCUGUGUGAGCAGAUCCAAAGCGAGGGGCUGGUGGACGUGUCCCAGGCUGUGAGGAUGCUGAAGAGACGGCGGAGACAGCUGAUUAAAGAUGUGGAGCAGUAUGGUCUCUGCUACGAACUAGCCCUCAGUUACUUGAAUUCAUUUGAAACCUAUGGGAAUUUCAAGUAGAGGCAUGGCCACAGCACACUUCCACCCCUCCACCAGUAACAACGGAAACCACAGGAGACAAGAAGGGUGUGCACAGCCCCAGGAUGCUUUAACUCCCAUGAGAAGCCACCCCAAGGGUCCUCUAUGGCUGGAAAGCACUAGCUGGACCAUCUCCAAAUUGUGGUGAGGCUUUGAAGCAGGACCCUUUGCCCAACCUUUGCACAGGAACUUACUGGAAUCACAGACUGAGUAUGCAGAACAGAGCAGCGGCACCAGGACUUGACCUGUUUGUGCCAGGGAUGAAGAGAAUCAGGCUCCCUUGUCCCUUCAGGCAGCCCCAGGGAAGUGGCAUCGCUCUACCAACACCCAAACAGUGUUCUGCCAGGGGAGUGUCAAACUGCUGUAAGAUCCAUGGGGCUCAGGAGGAUCUGGCCCAAUCUGCAAGAACCAUGAAGCCCAAGGCCAACAAGAGUCAAUGAAGGGACAAUCCACAGUCCUUUCCACCCCACACAAUCCCUUCCUGGAGCUCAAUCUUUCUGAUGCUGGUCCAGGUGCCACAGCCCUGCUAGAUCCCAAGAGGCUCCCUCAGCAUCCUGUCUGGCUUCACCAUGGCUAGGUGGUCUGGCUCCCAGGUUGCAGCAGCUCAACUUAAACAUCUUGGAUGUGGUUCCAAGCAGGGGCUGCUGCACCACAGAGACUGGUUCUACCUUUGCUGCUCAAGGGUCCUCAGAGGCGGGACUGACCCCACGGCUCUGUUCUGUGUCUCAGCAAUAAAGGCUCUGUGCCAGCCAUG